CGUUUGCCUGUCAGCCGUUCUAGUCAAUGCAUCACGUUCCGUUUCGACAACGGUGUUUUCUUAACUCUGCGCACCAGCGGCACGGAGCCGAAAAUCAAAUUCUACUCGGAGCUGCGUUCUAAGCCAGAUGAUGGGCGAUCCGAAGCAUCAUUGACUGAGGAGUUGUCUGAACUCAUUGACCUUAUGGUGAAAGAGUUCUACCAACCAGAGAAGAAUGGUUUUGCAGCCAGACCCUCUUAACUGCGUGUUGAUUUCAGCUCAUGGGCUGUGACCGACUGAUCCACCUUGUUGAACUCUACUUCGUGGACUACAGCAUUUCGAUUCUUGUUUUAUCCAGGUUCCGGCAUCCCUUCCACCAUUAUCCCCCUAUUUCUGCAACCUAUGACUUCACUGCGACAAAUGUGCGUUUUUGCACACUUGCUAUUUUUUUUCUAAUCUCUUACCCACUUGUUUGAUUCGAUUUUACCACCAUUCCGUAUUUUUCAUACAUCGUUAACCACUUUUGUUAGGGAUAAUUACAAAUCAUGGAAUGUCCAUUUGGCUGUUGCGUCCAUUUUUCGCAGGUAAUUCGUUUGGCCCCACAGAGCACUACUAGAACUUUAAGUAAUCAGUGUGACUUGUGUGAGAGACACUGUCUGGACUAUCUAACGCUAACAGUGUUGGAACAAAUAAACAACUAAUUUAUACGGGUUGAGAA